GCAACACCCCAGUGGCCUCCAUGGCGGCGCUCAGCUGCUGGGAGCGGGGAGCGGGCUGCCCGCGGGGCGGGGCGGGGCGCACGGGGCGGGGAGAGCGGAGCCGGCGGGGCGGGGAGCGCGCCGGCCCCACCCCUCAGCCCGCGGCUGCCCGGCCCGCAGUUCCGGACGCGCUCGGGGCCGGCCCGGGGCCUCGAAGAGCACGGCGCGCCUGUGCCCCGCAGGGCCUUCUCGGCCCGCGGCUCUGUCCCCUUAGCUGGCCGGCGCCCAGGACCCCGGUGGUUCGGGCCCAGGCUCGGGCGCGCGGGGGAAGCGGCAACAGGACACCCGGGUCCCCUCGUUCCGAGCCUCGGGCCUCCUUCCGGGAGACGCUCGCUUGGGGGCAGCGCCCGCGCUCCUCGGCGUCCCCGCUCGGAGGCGACCCCCGGGUGCGCGGUUACGUGCCCGCUCGCCCCCCGAGGGAGGCGUCCCCGGGCCGGCACAUGGCGGCCCCAGUAGGUGACACGGACGGUGUUCCCUUCACGGGAGAGGCGGCUGCAGACCACACUGACCAAGGGCCCCGCUGGGUGCGUGCCCGGCCCGGAAAAGGCUCCCGUCUCCACUGGCAGUCGCCGGGAGCGCUGCCCUGCUUCUUUAAGACGGAGCGCGCCGGGGAGCCCCGCCCCGAGGAGCGCGCGGCCGCCAUUGGCCGAGGCGGCCUCAGGGUGGCACGUGGGCGCGGGCGUCGAGUGCCCCGAUUGGAGCCGAGGCCUGCCCGUCUGCGAGCGCCGGGCCCUCGGCCGACCGCGGCCUCGGCGUUCGGCUCCUGGGUCCUCUACGUUCCAUUCCCAGGCGGCCCCGUGGCGCGGCCCGAGCGGCCCCCUGCGUCCCCCGGCCGGGGCGCCGAAGCAGCGACGCAGCUCAUCGACAGGGCCACCAGCCCUCGGGAUGAGGAGGACGCCAAGCGGGACUCCACGUGCCUGGAGGACAGCUGGCAGGAACUGGGCCUGCUCAAGGCCACACCACGCCUCCAGCCCCAGCCCCGGCCCGCAGCCCUCAGCCAGCCCGUGCCGCCCCCGGCCCCCUCACCCUCAGCCCCAGAGGGGCCUGCAGACGCAGAUCCCCCAACAUCGCCUCAGCUCUGCUCCCCGGCGCCGUCGAUGUGCCUGACGUUCCAGGAGAAGCUGCUGGCGUUCGAGCGGGACCACGUUACCAUGCCAGUUGCCCACGUGGCUCUGGCCAAGCAGCUGGCCGGCGACAUUGCCCUGGAGCUGCAGGCCUACCUGCGGAACAAGUUCCCAGAACUGCCCUUCGGGGCGCUCGUGCCUGGCGGGCCGCUCUACGACGGGCUGCAGGCGGGGGCCGCCGACCCCGUGCGUCUCCUGGUGCCCCUGGCGCUGGAGCCUGGCCUGUGGGGCCUGGUGCCUGGUGUGGACACCGUAGCCCGGGACCCUCGCUGCUGGGCCGUGCGCAGGACUCAGCUGGAGUUCCACCCCCGCGGGAGCAGCCCCUGGGACCGCUUCCUGGUGGGCGGCUACCUCUCCUCCCGGGUCCUGCUGGGGCUGCUCCGCCAGGCCCUGACCGCCUCCGUCAACUGGCCGGCCAUCGGCAGCCUCCUCGGGUGCCUGAUCCGGCCGCGCGUGGCCUCGGAGGAACUGCUGCUCGAGGUGCAGCACGAGUGUCUGGACUUCCCCGUGGCCGUGCUCCUGGCCAUCGCUGGCGCCCAGGCCGGAGGCCUCCUGCUGGCCUGGCCCCUGGAGGGGCUGGCCGGCAACUUCUGGCUGCAGGACUGGUACCCGGCGGAGGCCGCCCAGCUGCGGGCCCUGGAUGAGCGCGACGCUGGGACCCGCCGGCGGCUGCUGCUGUUGCUGUGUGGCGUCUGCCGUGGCCACCCGGCACUGGGGCGGCUGGGCCGCGGCCCCCUGACCCAGGUGGUUCUGCACCUGGGCGAGCAGGAAGCGGACUGGGGUGAGGAGGCCCUGGGGGAGCGCUUCCUGCAGGCCCUGGAGUUGCUCAUUGGCAGCCUGGAGCGGGCCAGCCUACCCUGCCGCUUCAGCCGUGGCGUGAACCUCCUGGACGGCCUGCGGGAAGAGGACGUCGACAACAUGGGCUGUGCGCUGUACUGGGGCCUGCGGGCCCCCGAGGGGCUGCUCUAGAGGCGCGGGCCCAGGCGGACGCCUCCCUCCAGGGCGUCGAGGGCACCUUGCCCUUGCUUUUACCCAGAACGGGUCAGUGAGAGCUUGGGCGGCCCGCACUCCCACUCACCCCUCGGCCUCAGGGCCGAUCCCAGGGCCUCGGUCUGCGGUAGCCACGGUGCGUCCUGGGCAGGGGUGAGGUUGCCUCUGUCUUUCUGUCCCAAGGGUGAGUCAUGCUUCCCUCGGGUGCAGGCACCUCCAGGCUGCUGGUGCUGGGCGAUGGACACGGCGUUUGGUCCCCCAGGAGCCGAAGUCGCCUGGAACCCUCGGGACGCAGCUUUUGGCUGACUGAUAGGCUGGUGUUUUCCAUGCUGCGUGUCUGGUUUGCUCUCCAACGUGGGCCAGCGGGGGCUCACCUGGGGGAAGGCGCUUCCCCUCCGGCUGGGGGCACUUUCUCUUCCGGCAGCAGGGGCCCUGGAAGAGCCCCUUCCUCGCGGGGGGAGCUGAGGUUCUGUGUGCUGCCCAGCUGGCCCGGAGCUGAGGGUGUCCCCUGGCUGCUGCGGGGCCCGGCCCCCACGGUGCUGGCACCAGCUGCGCUAGCUGACCCUGCGCUCUCCCUGAAGCUGGCUGGGGGGGGGGGGGGUUGGUCUGCCUCCCCUCCCAGGUGUCUCUCCUCUCUCUGGUAUCCUUCCUGCUGAAGCAAAGCUAUGCCUCAAGAACUGUGAAGUAGAAUAAAAGGAAAAAUUCAAAUGUC